AUGGCGCCCGAUGGAUCUCUUUCAAGCGAGUCCGCUCCAGAUAAAGUGUUCCUUGAAGCGUGCAACAUCUACUUCCGACACUGCCACAAUAAACCCUUUGGCUUUUUCAAUGCCACCUUCUUCCACGAAAAAGUGCAAGAAGGCCGAGUCCCUCUCCAUCUCAAACUAGCCUUGAUUGCAUCCGCCACUCGCUACUCGUCGCGCUCACAAUGGAUGGAAAGGAAACAAAGUACGAUCGACAGCUAUGCUCGGUGCUCAUGGGAGUUGAUCACAACAUCCUCCAACCCGUUAGAUCAAAGCGAUGACGUGGAUGUGAUCCAAUCUCUGGUUAUAUUGGCUGUUAUCGAUGCGACCGCGGGCCGGCGCCGACCUGCCUGGGUGAAAAUUGGGAUGGCGGUACGAAUCGCUCAGGACUUGGACAUGAUGCUGGAACCGGCUCCAAAUCUUCCUGAGCUCGAGCGCGACGAGCGUCGCAAUCUCUUCUGGUCGCUAUACUUGCUAGAUCGCUUCGUGUGCUGCUCCUUUCAACGACCACCCGCGAUCAACGAUUCGGAUUGUCUUCUCAACUUGCCAACACACUAUCGCUCUAGGAAACGGUUACCCUCAAUUACGCUAAGCGAUUUUUUCAACGAGAAGAUUCGGAGUCUUUCGCCUCGUUCAGGGAUGUUCGGGAUCAGUAUUGGGUUGGCUGCCUGUCUGGGACGGACUACCAAGUAUAUGAUGAGCAAGUCUGAGACAUCAUUGCCCUGGAGUUCUGGCUCGGAAUAUUGCAUGAUUCAUCGGGAUCUGGAAUAUUUGAAGGAGCUUGCUGUUAAAAACGGUCCCGUUCUGGGUGCGCCGGGCCAAGCGCAGCCACACAGUGAUAACCCGAAUCCCGACCGUGAGCAAAUCGCACAUAUGGUUCUGUCACAUACUUUGUACCAUUUAUCCCAUUGCAUUCUCAGCCACCCCUUCCUCAUCGGGCUCAAGAUUGGUUCCCGUUCACACCCUGAUAUGCCCUUAAUGUGGGUAGAAGAUACCCGUAAACGAUGCCUGUCUCACGCCGGGUCCUUGAUCACGGUCCUCGUGGAAGCAAAGGCUGCUGGAUACAUGCCUGUCACUUCAGUCUACAGCUACAGCAUGGUGCUAGCGAGCACAGUCCAUGGACUAUUUAUGCAUUGCGAUGAUUCUUCCAUCCGUCAAACCUCAGCAGAGUAUUUGCAACCGGCCUUUGACUAUCUUUUGGAAAUGUCCGAUCUAUGGGACAAUGCACAUAUCAUGACAAGCGCUUUAGAAAACUUCAUCCAACAGUGCCCAAGAUAUAGCGACAUACUUCUGCGGAACCAGCCACGCAUGGACGAAUUUACCACGACGGAGUUGACUAUACUAAAAUACGUCGUGGACUACUGGGCCAUGAUGGAUGCUCGGAACCCGGUUUUUCAGCAAACCUUGACAACCCUAACUGCGAAAUCACAAACGAAAAGUCCAGACUACCAAAACCCUUCAUGUUCAUAUUCAUCUUCAGUCCCCGUUGAACCCAGCCCCGAUGACAAAGCAGCAAAUGAUUGGGAUCCUGACAUUUCAGUUACAUAUCCACUUCCAGCCAUGUCUCCAAUUCCAUCAGAGGAUGGGUCUUCUAAAUGGGAUUGGGAUCGCGAAUUAGACUUGAAUCCUGAUACAUGA